CCCUUAGCAGCCCACCGGGUGCUUCUCCAGGCUUUCCAGGGGCCGCGCGGGUGGCGGCGCCAGGCUGACUCAGGACAUCGGUCAGCCGGCAGCGAGCGGGAAGCCUGGGUCGCGGCGCCCCCUGCAGGCCGUCAGGGGGGGCCCGCCCGGAGCGACGCGGUGACGGGUGCGGGGCUGGGACAGGGCGGCCAGGGUGCAGGUGACCGGCGCGGGUAGGCGGGGCGCGGGUGACCGGCACGGGCGAGGGGCCGCCGUUGAGGUCAGGCAGAGCCGCCCUUCCUCUUCUCAAGCUCGCCGCGAGACGUCCUGAGGUCCAGACCGCCAUGGCGCGGGUGCUGAUUGUGGUGACAGGAAGCUUGUGCGCCGCGCUGCUGAGGAAAGAGGUGACAGGUCCCUUGUACCUCGCCGUGUGGGACAAGGCUGGGGACUCAGGGGGAAGAAUGACUACAGCCAAAUGUCCUCACAGUUCCCAGUGCACAGCUGAUUUGGGUGCUCAGUAUAUCACCUGCACUCCUCAUUAUGCCAAACAACACCAAAUCUUCUAUGAUGAACUGUUAGCUCUUGGCAUUUUAACACCUCUGACUGCUCCUAUAGAAGGCAUGAUGAUGAAAGAAGGAGACCGCAACUUUGUGGCACCACAAGGAGUUUCUUCAAUUGUUAAGCAUUACUUGAAAAAAUCAGGUGCAGUAGUGUCCUUCAGACAAUGUGUGACCCAGAUCAACCUGCGGAAUAACAAGUGGGAAGUCUCCAAGGAAACCGGCUCCCCUGAGAGCUUUGAUCUCGUGGUCCUCACCAUGCCAGUUCCUCAGAUCCUGCAGCUUCAGGGUGACUUUGUGAACUUAAUUAGUGAAUACCAAAAGCAGCAACUAGAGUCCGUGAGCUACUCCUCUCGCUAUGCCUUGGGCCUCUUUUAUGAAGCUGGCACGAAGAUUGAUGUCCCUUGGGGUGGGAAGUACAUCACCAGUAAUCCCUGUGUACGCUUCAUCUCCAUUGAUAAUAAGAAGCGCAAUAUAGAAUCAUCAGAAAUCGGCCCUUCCCUGGUUAUUCACACCACUGUCCCAUUUGGAAUUAAGUACUUGGAGCACAGUGCAGAAGAUGUGCAGGAAUUAAUCUUCCAGCAGCUGGAAAACAUUCUUCCAGGUCUGCCUCAUCCAGUUGCCAUCAAAUGCCAGAAAUGGAGACAUUCACAGGUUACAAAUGCUGUUGCCAAGUACCCUGGCCAGAUGACUCUCCAUCACAAGCCUCUCCUUGUGUGUGGAGGGGAUGGAUUUACUCAAUCCAACUUCGAUGGCUGUGUAACUUCUGCUCUAUGUGUUCUGGAAGCUCUAAGGAGUCAUACAUAGUGUCUGUAUUCCUGCUCUCUGUAUUUACAUUGAAUUUUCUUUCUCACAAAUUUCUGUUAUGGAUCAUUUUGUUUCCUAUUUUGUGAAGUGACAUUAUUUAACUUGUCAUUUUUUCAUAUGAAAUAUAAAGGCAAUUUUAUAAUUUACAUAGUUAUAUCCCAUAUUAAAAAGAAAAUUUCUUACACCUUACACCUUACCCCACUUUUCUCAAUUACCAUCAUCAAUCUUUGGUAGGAAAUGGAUGCUGAAGAAUAACAAGUAGCCACAAAAUCAUAUUAAACUGAAGUAAAAGUACAUGUACUAAAACUCUUGAGUACCCUUUUGAAAACUUCAUUUCUGAAUAAAUGAUAAUGAUUAU